AUGGAAUCAUCGAAUACUACUACGUCACCAUUGUUAAAUCAUGCAGUACGAACACGUGCAAAAAAUGUUGAAUUACGAAAAAAAAUUACACAAUUAGAAAGUGAUAUCCAAUUAAUUACAAAAGAUAUUUCAUCAUUAACAAAUACAUAUGAUGAUCUAGUUGAACAAUGUCAAGUUUUACGUGAAAAUCAAACAGAGAAGAAAAAAGAUUUAUUAUUAGAAGAAUGUCAAACACAAUUCAAUAAUUAUAUUCAAGAUAUUCAAAAUUAUCUAAAUAAUAAACAAUGGGAUAUUCCUACAUCGGAAAAAAUAACAGUUUCAACACCAAAACCAUUGUCAACUAUUGAGUCUGAUAAUGAAAUAAAAGAAUUACCAAUUCCAGCUUUAAAUGAUGUUCUCAAUCAGCAAUUAACAUCUGUCGAAAACUGGCUUAUGGAAAGUGCUGUAACGGAUAUUGAUAAACAAUCUUCAAUGUUAACUGAAAGUCAACCUACAGAUGAUGGAGCAGAUGAUCUAUAUAAAGAUUUAAUAUUUCCAACAUUAUCUGAUGAUCUUCCUUCACAAUCAGAUGAAAUACAAUUUGAUGAAAAUAAUCAUCAUGAAGAAUUUGUUAAAACAAUAUCACCAGAAUAUCCUCAAGAACAACAACAGCAACAACGUCUAGAUAAAAAUCAACGUCGAUUUGCAUUAAUGAGACAAUUAGCAGAAAAAUCAAACAAAACAACUACGAGAAAAUUACUAUAA